GUGUGUGUGUGUGGGGGUGGGUGUGUGUGUGUGUUUCCCUUUUAGAGUAGGUGCCUUCCCUGGGCACUGAUGCAAUGAGGCCCAAGACUUUCCCAGCUGCCCCGUAUGUGGGCAACACACGCCAGAGGCUUCAGGAGAUCAAGGAGGGUUUGAAGCAGCCGGCAAAGCUGGUGAGCCAGGCCCUGCACGGGGGCAGCUCUCGGACAGACGGUGGCAGAGGGGCCGACUGCAAGAGCGGGAAAGACACAGCCAGCCGACAGCAGCAGAUCCGACCCCCGCAGAAGUUCAACAACUACCAGAAUGCCUUGAGGGAAAUCCGCAGGUCCCUCAUGCCCUUUGCCAAUGAGUCGGGUCCAUCUUCCGGGUCAGGGCACCCUGCAGGCGCCGGGGAGGUCAACCGGCAGAUGUUGCAGGAGCUGGUUAACGCCGGCUGUGACCAGGAGAUGGCAGUGCGGGCACUGAAGCAGACAGGAAGCAGGAACAUCGAAGCGGCCUUAGAGUACAUCAGCAAAAUGGGUUACCUCGACCCUCGCAAUGAGCUCAUCGUCCGUGUCAUCAAGCAGACUUCUCCAGGAAAAGCUGGCAUGCCAAACUCAAUGGACCACCGACCUGCAUUAGAGGCUCCAGGCGAGGCUGGUGUCAUGCCUCCGUACCACCAGAUGGGGGCUCCAAUGUACGAGGGAGCAGGUGGAUACGGCCCUGAGGGUGAGAUGCCCAGACCCUACAUGAGCGCUCCACCAGUAAUGAACUACAUGAUGCCUCCGUCUGGUGGGACACAGGGCCCUGCUAUGGGAAACCCGAUGGGGCGACCUCCCAGUAUGGGCAGCUAUCCACAAGUGAUGGCCACCCAGAGCAACCCAGCCAACACCAUGUACCCUCCAGGGGCCCAGCAGAAGGGCUACCCUGGCAGUAUGGAGCAGCACGGGCCCAUGAUGAGCUACAACGUCCCUGGCCAGCCUCUGCAGCUCCAGCCUCAGCCACCAGGGGGCCCUGUCGCAGGCCCCCAUUAUGACUAUGGCCACACCAGGCCGCACAUGAUGGAGCCUGCUGGCUAUGGAGUUAAAAGGACCGCCUCCUUCCAGAACAAGAUGGCACCACCCCCCAUGGCGCCCCCAGACAACUACGUCAACAUGCAGGGGAAAGGGGCCAUGGGCCAGAAUGGUCCAGGAGGUGGAGGGGGAGGAUACCCUGCUAACCUGUACCUGUCCUCUCAUUCCCACCCACGCCAGGCCAGCCCCACCUCCCACCAGGUCCACAUGAUGUCCCGUUCCCCAGGUGGGGUGGCAGCCAUGGGCCCGGACUUCUCCGAUAUGCCCCAGGGAUUGAUGACACCAUCCAGAGCUAGCCUCAACCUAGACCUGUAUGAGCACCACUGGGCGGGGCCUCCAGGUCCUGAAAGCGCUCCUCAAGCCAGGCAACCCCAGCCCCAGGGCCCCUUCAGGGGGGAAGUGCGUGUUCCCAGCAGAACCAACUCCUUCAACAGUCGCUCUGCCGGGCCCAGUGGUGUCCGGCCUGCGAUGGCUGCGCCCCCCACAGCUGGCAAACAGGACUCCUCCUUGGGCCCUCCGAACACCAUCACGGCUGUUACGUCCCCGCCCAUCCAACAGCCAGUCAAGAGUAUCCGUGUGAUGAGGCCAGAACCCAAGACGGCUGUGGGGCCGUGUCACCCCAGCUGGAUGACUGCUCAGGCCCAGGACGCGGCGGAGCCUCUGACCUACAUGCCAGAGGAGACCUAUACUCUUGAGCCUGCUCCGGAGCCACGCUGCCCACCGCCACCUUACCCCAAAAACCUGCUCAUGUCUGGGCCAGAGGAAGGAGCCGGAGUCCUGUGUGGAGCUCAGGAUCUAAGCAGCCCUGCUGCCAGAAGCACGCGCGGUGACAGUGGAGGGAGCGGAAAAGCCGAGGAGAGACAGCAGGUGAAAGAGAAGACGAAGAUGGGCAAGGGAGAAAAAACGGUGAAAGACAAGAAGCAGAUCCAGACGUCACCUGUUCCGGUGAGGAAGAAUGGACGCGAUGAAGAGAAGAGAGAGUCACGCAUCAAGACCUACUCACCUUUUGCUUUCAAGUUCUACAUGGAGCAGCACAUAGAGAAUGUGAUGAAGACCCACCAGCAGAAACUGAAUCGCAGGCUUCAGUUGGAACAAGAGAUGUCCAAGGCUGGCCUUUCGGAAGCAGAGCAGGAGCAGAUGAGGAAGAUGCUGAACCAGAAAGAGUCCAACUACAAUAGGCUACGCCGUGCCAAAAUGGACAAGUCCAUGUUUGUCAAAAUCAAGACUUUGGGUAUAGGUGCCUUUGGUGAAGUGUGUCUCACACGUAAAGUGGACACUGGUGCACUUUAUGCCAUGAAAACACUGCGCAAGAAAGAUGUCCUUAACCGCAACCAGGUGGCCCACGUGAAAGCAGAGCGUGACAUCCUGGCAGAGGCAGACAACGAGUGGGUGGUGCGUCUCUACUACUCCUUCCAGGACCGUGACAGCCUCUACUUUGUCAUGGAUUACAUCCCCGGAGGAGACAUGAUGAGCCUGCUUAUCCGCAUGGGCGUCUUCGCCGAACCUCUGGCACGCUUCUACGUGGCGGAGCUGACGCUGGCCAUCGAGAGCGUCCACAGGAUGGGCUUCAUCCACCGCGACAUCAAGCCCGACAACAUCCUCAUUGACCUGGACGGACACAUCAAGCUGACGGACUUUGGUCUGUGCACGGGCUUCCGCUGGACGCACAACUCCAAGUACUACCAGAAAGGGAGCCACGUCAGACAGGACAGCAUGGAGCCCAGUGACUUCUGGGACGAUGUGUCUAAAUGCCGCUGCGGCGACCGGCUGAUGACGCUUGAGCAGCGCGCCAACCGGCAGCACCAGCGCUGCCUGGCUCACUCCCUGGUGGGAACACCCAACUACAUCGCACCAGAGGUGCUGCUGCGCAAAGGUUACACCCAGCUGUGUGACUGGUGGAGCGUGGGAGUGAUCCUGUUUGAGAUGCUGGUGGGACAGCCGCCCUUCCUGGCCCCCACACCUACCGAGACUCAGAUUAAGGUCAUCAACUGGGAGAGCACAUUGCAGGUGCCUGCCCAGGUCAAACUGAGCCCCGAGGCCGUCGACAUCAUUGGUCGUCUCUGCUGCUCCGCGGAGGAUCGCCUGGGUGCCAACGGCGCCGGCGAGAUCAAGGCUCACCCCUUCUUCACCCAGAUGGACUUCUCCAGCAAUCUGCGGCAGCAACCGGCACCCUACCGGCCCAAGAUCGCCCACCCGAUGGACACGUCCAACUUUGACCCCGUGGAGGAGGAGGGUGGACCCGGGGCGUGGCGGGACAGCGGGGACAGCACCCGGGCCUUGGACACGCUCUGCUCCCCGCACGGGAAGCACCCGGAGCACGCUUUCUACGAGUUCACCUUCCGCAGAUUCUUUGACGACAACGGCUGCCCUUUCCGCUACCCUAAACCGCUUGAGGCCAGCGAGGUGUCGCCAAGCAUGGGCCCAGAAGAGGAAGACGAACAAGAGGAGGAUGAAGAUGAAGAGGAGGAGGGAGAGCAGGGGGAGGGAUGUGAGCCGGUGUACGUGUAGAGCGGCAGACUGACAGGCUUCCUGGGCGGCGUGCGUCUAUUAUUACCAGGUUUAAUGCUCAUCAUUCAGCUCGUGACACUCCCACCUACCACUGCUCUUCUUCUGUGUAUGCGUCUGUGUGUAGAGGUGUGCAUGCUACACAGGUGCGCAUGUGUGUGUGUUUAUGCAUAUCUGGCAUGUGUGAUUGUUAAGUUGCAGGAGCAGGAUUGAUGAACAUCGCCACCUUGUGGAACCUAUAGUGCGUCCACAAUGACUUAAAAUACAAAACUCCCCUGAUCCGGGACCAAGAAACGACAUUUUGUAUAUGACUGACUGCAUCAAGGGUGAAGCGGUUGGAAGCACAAGACUCAGAAACUGUACAGGCUGAAAGAAGAACAUUAUUGGGAGUGUACGGAUAUCUGGAUCACAGACAAGACUUCUAAUUCGAGGACUACUUCUGGUUCUUCCAGCGGUUUCUUGUCCCAUUCCUUCCACCCUUGUGUCUUACGGACAUCUCUGUGAUCUUCCGACGCCGGAGCUACGUCCUGUUCUCCCCGAGCUGCUUUACACUCGAAUAUCAGACACAGCAAUGAUGAGUGAAACCAGUUUACUCAUUGAUCGCGUGCGAGGGGGGGGGGGCAACACACCUCUUUCACAGCUGCUGCAAAAUAAGCUACAAAGACACAUUGCAUGCACGUGCACACACUCAGCGCACACAUAUCCAGUACAGCUCGAGGUAAAGGGUGAAAAAAGCAGUCUCUGCAGGUAGAUUUCAGUGUCCAUAUUUCAAGACGUUGGCUCAGACUAGAUGGACAAACAAAUCCUCCCAGGUUCCCCUAACACACAGAGAGAAACGGUUUAGCUGCCCUCUUGUUGCGUGAGAGAAAAUGCGUCCCUUUUGGCAGCAUUCAGUUUUCAAAUUUCUGCAUUUGUAGCAGAUAAACUUGCUUUACUAAAAUGUAAAACAAAUUAGCCACAUAUUUUUGGUUGCUCCAUCUAUCCUAUAUAUCCACAGCUGCCUCCUUUUGUGCCAACUGUAAUUCAGUGUAAUAUGUUCUUAAGAUGGAGCCUUAUCCUUCCCUCAGAGUUUGCUGUUACAAAUAUCCUUGUGUUUAUAAAAUGCUUCCUGUUACUGAUCCUCUAUUCUAACUGACCAUUUAAAAGAAAAUAAUCUUCCACCUACACAAAGAGCGUGUGUAGAGUUCGGACAAGGCUCUAAAAAUCAAGUCCGAUUCUGUUUUAGUCAGAUCAAAGACUGAACCACUGUAAUGUUUAUAGAGCCUGACAUGUAGUGAAUUUCCGCUCGUACAUUACAGGAAGAAUUCCCCUGCUUUGUUUUAAGGAAAGAACAGAUGAAUAGAAUGACACCUUAUUUAAGAAAGUUAAGAGAAAUCGGAGCCAGACCCGGACGAGCCUGGACCCGUCGGGUCGGAUUGUGCCGAGUUAGUUUCUGACUGAGAAACAAAGCUCACACAAAUGAACACACAUUCACCAAGAUGCACAAUUUUACAGCUAUUUUGCAAAGAUGAGUUGCAUUGUAACUUAAACAGCCUCCUCUUUCUCUUCUGGAGGCUGCCAUGAAAACACAAAGCAACAUGUUCUUACACUAGCAAACGUGAUAGUACUAUGUGCAAUACAAAAAUACAUUAUAUAUAGUUUUUUAAACACUUAUCCUUUUUGAACGUUUGAGUACUGAAAUGUACAAAUAUAUUGGUUUAUAUAUAUAUAUUUCCUCUUCAGUUACAACAUGCUGCUUAUUAUUGUGUUUAAUAUUAUUUACAUUAAUAUUAUAAUUGUUAUUACAUGUGUACCUGUUUUUCUUUUGUUGUGGCUUAAAGAAGUGUUGGCACUAUUGCCAAGUGUGCUUGGGUUUUGAAAGUAAUGAGCCGUGUGCCUUUCUAAUUGAAUGUUGGGACUGUGCGUCGCCUCUCGACGACGAAGGAGGCGACAGUGAUGAUGAUGACGAUCAGUGUUUGCAGAACGACGACGGUAGACUCUGCAGCUCCUGCAGACGGGCUGGUCCUGAAUGCAGGAGAGGAGGGUGUAAAGGAUUCUGGUUCAGAAAGAGAUGGAACAGAGUAGAUAAAGGUUAGAGAAAGAGGAGGAGCGUGGCAGGUUGGCUUCAGGAAAUGUAAUUUGAAAAAAAGAAUGACUAGCUUUCUCUAUUUUACAAAACCGCAAAUGGUUCUACUUCAACAAAGAGUUAGUGUUUGGUACAUUGUCUUUAUUUAUCCGAAAUGACCACAAGUUUGAGUGUUGUUUAACUUUUACUACAGACCUGUGCCAUGUUCUGUAUUGACACUAUCAUCCAGUACUUUCUUGCUUAUUGACAAUCAGUAAACAGUAAACUGCUCUCUCUGUGUCAAACUGAACUGUUUGGUCGAUUAACACUAAACUGUUCCAACAGUAUUCUGAAUUUGACUUUAAUGACUGGGAAUGUUAAAGAAGUCAGAACAUUUUUUAAAGAGAUUUUUCUGAUGCAUAAUGAUGAUGGAAAAUGUGAGGAUCAGAUUCUUAUUAUCAUCAACAUCUUCUUCAGAGCUCUUAACUGUUAGUAUAAUUUAUCUGUGGGAAGUUUUUUCAGAUGCACACUGGCUCUGUUUACAUGCAUCAACAAUCUUCUUCUUAUUCUAGUCAAUAACUUUAAGUAAAUAUAAUUAGAUAAGGCAGUUGAUUUGAGGGAAAGUGGGCAGAACAAUAAAUGACUUAAUAAAUUAGAUGGCAUUUUUCUUUAACUUAAUGUAUCUCUGACUGCAACAUAUUGUUCUAGGAAAUGGAAACGGGGCUUUCACCACAGUACAAUGUACAGUACAGUACAAUGGUGCAACUCGGGUCAUUUGUAAAUUUCACAUCACAGACCGACACAUGCAAUCACGAUACGAAAGUACCUUUUUGUUUUUUGCUGUUUGUCAUGACUGUUUAAUAGUGACUUAAACUGGACUAAAGCCAGUAUCCUGCAUGUAAACAUAGCCGGUGUUGCCCGUGAGCUUCCCAGAUAAACCGCAGUCUUCCACAGAGCAGCACCACUGGAUCCAUUAUGGGUUAAGUGCCUUGCUCAAGGGCACCAUCAUUGAGAUUAAGGCAGACAGGUGUUGCUCUUCCUCUCAGCUGGUCCAGAUGUUCACUUCCAUUUUUAUAAACCUCUCGUUGCCAAUCUAUGUCGACCACGACGGACUGCUUCGUGAAAAAUAGCUUUAUAACGAGAGCCGCAGCUCUCUGCAGAGUGUGUGAGGUGUUUCCUGGAUGUGCUUUCUGUUUCUAAGGUUAGAGAGUGAUGAGUGACAAUCUUUGACUGACUUGAUAUCUGAUUUCUUCACAAGACUUACUUGUGUAUCCUUUUCAUUUUGUAUUUUUACUCUAAGGAGCCUCUUGUUGCCUUUGCCACUCCUUAAUGUAUGAUACAAUUCUGUUACUCUUAAAUUGAUAUUUAUACAGAUAUAGAUAUUUUUUUGUAUCUUUUUUCCCCUUUUUAAAUUGCCCUUGUGCUAAUGUUCAAAAACCCAUGUCUACGCAGUAUUAUACAUGAUGUAAUGGGGACAGCUAUCUCUUUUUUUACAUUUAUGUAUGAACUGAGAAUCUGUAAAAAUGCUUUCACAGUCCUUGUGUGUAAAAUGUAUGU